AUGAGCGAAUUCACCUCAGACUCGCACCUGCCCCUCUACGUCGAAAUCCCCGCCUGGCGCUCAACAACCCUAGACGAACUAAGUCUCGACCUGGCCGACGAGCAGCAGCAGUCACCGGGCGGCGGCCAUCCUCUAGGUCUACUGCCGCACCCAGCAAUCGGCACGCGCCUCGUCUUCCGGCUCAUCUACGUCGACACGCGCCAGGACUCCUCGCGGCACGUGUCCAAGGACCUGGGGAGCGUGGUCAUCGGCGCCGGACUCCCCGGAGCCGACUCCGACGCCGGGCUUCCCGAUGACGACCCCUGCUACGAUGACGCGCACAAGACGCUCGGCGAUGCCAAGUUCAUGCCGGGCGAUUUUAUUUCUUGCGCCAUCCUGCCGCCGAAUGACCUGGACGGAGCGGUCGAGCCGGUGAGCGCGGCGAGGACGGGACGCGGGUCGGGCAUUGGAGAGGGGAGGAGCACGGCUGCGAGUCCGCCGCCGCCGGGGCCGAGAGGGAGGGACGGUGGCGGCGGUUAUGGUAGGGAUUAUCAUCGGAUGGGGAUGGGAGAUCGGUAUGGGGAUGAGCCAACGCAGGUAAGGGGAUACCGUGGUGGGAAUGGCGGUGGCGGUGGUGGUGGAGGAGGAGGACGGUAUGAAUCAAACUCGUAUGAUUGGGGAGGACGGAGGGAGAGUAGGGGUGGACGGAAUAGAGGUCAGAGGGAACCUGGUAUUAUGCCGCAGGGAGAUUGGAGGAGGGGAUUUUGA